UUUUUGUAAGGAUGAAACGAUAACACGGUAAAAGGACUGCCAGGCCAGGCACAUCACAGAUAUUAGGGAGCCCUCUUCCCUCCCUCCUUGAGGACAUGCUAUUGAGCAAGCAGCAGAUAUCCCUUGAGGUCAGGGAUUUAAUUGAUAUCCGAGAUUUACCAGAUCCUCAGCAAGGCUCCCGAGAACAGAACUACUCAUCCUCUUGGUUUUGGGGACACCCUCUAUUUCCAUGCGUGGGCCGCACACCGUGGGUUUGGUAAAGAUUGCAAUCCACGCGUCUCCUCUGCGCUCAGUCUGUGGGAGGCGCGUGGGCGUGAGCCGGGCGGGGCCGGAUUCAUUCUUCGCUCUCAGCUCAGGCCAAGAGCGGUGUGCGGAUAAUUCAAUCCCCCUGGGACUCAGAGUCCGGCCUCACCUGUGGCUCCGCUGAUUGGCUGUCUCAGCUCGCCCCCACCCUCCGCACCCCGCGUCCCCAGUGGCUCAGGCCCCGGCGGUGAUCUCUGUUUACGGAGAGAACCGGUCCAACUUGGGCUCCAUCUCUGCACUGCACUUCAGGGCUCCGCUAGCAGAAGCCCGGAGAAAACGCGGCGGAGCCCUUACCCUCCCCCCCACCGCCCGAAGAGGUUGGGUAAGGGGGAAAGGGUGCGUGUGGGAAGGGGAAUCCCCCGGCCUGGGGGAUCCAGCUCUUCCCCUAUCCCGGUACCUCGCGCACACCCAGGAGUUCUAUCCCUAGGCCUGAUUCCUGCGCCCUCCGCCCGCGCCCACGCUCGGGUGACGAGCCCACCCUGGGUGAGCAGCCCGAUGCUGGAUCUCAGAGAUGCCAGCUCCUCAGCGGAGGCUCAGGCAUGGAGACUUCACUCACAGGUGUCUGUUCACUCCCGCAGACGGCGAUGACCCCCAAGACGGCCGGACCCCCUGACGGGGGCUGGGGCUGGGUGGUGGCAGCCUCAGCCUUCGCAGUGAACGGGCUCUCCUACGGGGUCUUACGCUCCCUGGGCCUUGCCCUCCCUGACCUCGCGGAACACUUUGACCGAAGCGCCCAGGACACUGCGUGGGUCAGCGCGCUGGCCUUGGCCGUGCAGCAGGCAGCCAGCCCAGUGGGCAGCGCCCUGAGCACACGCUGGGGGGCGCGCCCGGUGGUGAUGGUUGGGGGCGCCCUUACUUCGCUGGGCUUCAUCUUCUCGGCUUUCGCCCAAAGCCUGCUGCACCUGUACCUCGGCCUGGGCCUUCUCGCUGGCUCCGGCUGGGCCCUGGCCUUCGCCCCUACCCUUGGCACCCUCUCCCGUUACUUCUCCCGCCGUCGGGUCUUGGCGGUGGGGCUGGCACUCACAGGCAACGGGGCCUCUUCGCUGCUCUUGGCGCCCGCCUUGCAGCUCCUCCUUGAUACUUUCGGCUGGCGGGGCGCCCUGCUGCUCCUUGGCGCCGUUACCUUCCACCUCACUCCCUGUGGCGCCCUGCUGCGCCCCCUGGCCCUCCCCGGCGACCCCUCGACCCCACCUCGUGGCCCCUUAGCUGCCUUCGGCCUGGGUCUCUUCAAGCGCCGGGCCUUUUCAGUCUUCGCUCUGGGUACAGCCCUGAUUGGGGGCGGGUACUUUAUCCCCUACGUGCACUUGGCUCCCCAUGCUUUAGACCGGGGCCUGGGAGGCUACGGGGCAGCGCUGGUGGUAGCUGUGGCUGCAGUAGGGGAUGCGGGCGCUCGGCUGGUCUGCGGGUGGCUGGCAGACCAGGGCUGGGUGCCCCUUCCACGACUGCUGGCCGUGUUCGGGGCUCUGACCGGGCUGGGGCUGCUGGCAGUGGGACUGGUGCCCGCGGUGGGGAGAGACAGCUGGGGAGGCCCCCUGCUGGCCGCAGCUGGGGCCUACGGGCUGAGUGCUGGGAGUUAUGCCCCGUUGGUUUUCGGUGUGCUCCCGGGGCUAGUGGGCAUCGGAGGUGUGGUGCAGGCCACUGGGCUGGUGAUGAUGCUGAUGAGCCUGGGGGGACUCCUGGGACCUCCCCUGUCAGGCUUCCUAAGGGAUGAGACAGGAGACUUCACUGCUUCUUUCCUGGUGUGCAGUUCUUUCAUCCUCUCUGGCAGCUUCAUCUACAUGGGGCUCCCCAGGGCUCUCCCCUCCUGCCGUCCAGCCUCACCUCCACCUACUCCUCCUCCUGAGAGGGGGGAGCUGCUCCCUGUUCCAAAGGUUGUCCUCCCCCCAGGAGGCCCUCACUCCACUAUGGACACCACUUGUUGAUUCUUGUCUCAUUUAAGCCCCUCCUUUCAAUAAAAAAUUUUUAUCUGAUGCUCCA